CCGCCCGCCUCCCUCCCGCGCCGCGGAGCCGAGGGGCCGCACGGCUCGGCCCGGCCCGCGGCGGCGGCCGCUGACAGGGCGGAGCGGGGUUGGCGCCCAGCGGCGGCAGCAGCAGCAGCAGCAUGCCCCGUCGAGGCGCCCGGCGAGAAACUGAGGAUGAGAUUUCUGUGGAGAGCUAAAAUGAGCUCAAUUCAGGACUGGGGUGAAGAAGUAGAAGAGGGAGCUGUUUACCAUGUCACCCUGAAAAGAGUGCAGAUUCAGCAGGCUGCCAACAAAGGAGCAAGAUGGCUAGGGGUUGAAGGGGACCAGUUACCUCCAGGACAUACUGUCAGCCAGUAUGAAACAUGUAAGAUCAGGACAAUAAAAGCUGGAACUUUGGAGAAACUUGUGGAGAACCUUCUGACAGCUUUUGGGGAUAAUGAUUUUACCUACAUCAGUAUCUUUCUCUCAACAUACAGGGGCUUUGCUUCUACUAAGGAAGUACUAGAGCUUCUCCUUGACAGGUAUGGAAACCUGGAGACCUUAAGCUGUGAAGAAGUUGGGAGCCAGAAUUCCUCCGGAUCCAAAACAGUAGUCAGGAAUGCGAUAGCAUCAAUCUUACGAGCGUGGCUCGAUCAGUGCUCUGAGGAUUUCAGAGAGUCGCCCAACUACCCGUGCUUGCUGAAGUUGCUGGAUUACCUGAAGAGGAGCAUGCCUGGCUCUGACCCGGAGAGGAGGGCGCAGAACCUUUUGGAGCAGUUCCAGAAGCAAGAAGUGGAAAACGAUAAUGGAUUCCAUAGCACUUCCCCCUGUAACCUCUAUGAUGAAGAGGAAAUGGAGAUUAGCAGUCCAGAAGAAUUCUCUUUUUUCCGAGAAGACCUUGUGGCAGAGCAGCUGACUUACAUGGAUGCAAAACUCUUCAAGAAAGUUGUGCCCCACCACUGUUUGGGAUGCAUCUGGUCUCGAAGGGAUAAGAAAGAAAACAAACACCUGGCACCUACCAUCAGAGCCACCAUUGCUCAGUUCAAUGCAGUUACCAAAUGUGUUGUCAGCACGAUCCUGAAGAGCAAGGAACUCAAAACACAGCAGAGAGCCAAGAUCAUUGAGAAGUGGAUUCAUAUUGCACAUGAAUGUAGGAUCCUGAAGAAUUUUUCCUCCUUGAGGGCCAUUGUUUCAGCACUGCAGUCCAACUCCAUCUAUCGGCUAAAGAAGACCUGGGCGUCUGUUCCAAAGGACAGAAUGCUGAUGUUCGAAGAGCUGUCUGAUAUCUUCUCAGAUCAUGACAAUUAUUUGACAAGUAGGGAGCUGCUAAUGAAGGAAGGAACAUCCAAAUUUGCAAAUUUGGACAGCAGUGUGAAAGAAAAUCAGAAAAGAACUCAGAGGCGGCUUCAACUUCAAAAAGAUAUGGGAGUAAUGCAAGGCACAGUGCCGUACCUGGGUACCUUUCUCACUGAUCUCACCAUGCUGGACACAGCCCUUCAGGACUAUAUUGAGGGUGGCCUGAUUAAUUUUGAGAAGAGACGAAGGGAAUUUGAAGUAAUUGCCCAAAUUAAGCUCUUGCAAUCUGCAUGUAACAGUUAUUGCAUGACACCAGACCAAAAAUUCAUACAGUGGUUCAGGAGACAGCAGCUUUUAACCGAGGAGGAGAGCUACAGCCUUUCAUGCGAGAUUGAAGCAGCUGUUGACACCAGCACCACGUCACCAAAACCUCGGAAAAGCAUGGUGAAGAGGCUCAGCCUACUGUUCCUAGGAUCCGAGGUGAUCACCAAUAGUACACCCACCAAAGAGCAACCCAAAUCUACUCCAAGUGGGAGCUCUGGUGAAAGCAUGGACUCGGUCAGUGUUUCGUCGUGCGAGUCUAAUCACUCGGAGUCUGAGGAAGUUUGCAUCACACCCAUAGACACCCCUGAUGAGCCUCAGAAAAAGCUCUCAGAAUCCUCCUCUUCCUGUUCCUCCAUCCACUCCAUGGACACAUCUUCCUCAGGGGUGUCAUCUUUAACCAACGUAAUUUCAUCCCCUCCCGUCUUGUCCUCCAACCCCAAGAUCCACAAGCGCUCUAUCUCUGUGACAUCCAUUACCUCAACAGUACUGCCUCCUGUUUACAACCAGCAGAACGAAGACACGUGCAUCAUCCGAAUCAGUGUAGAAGACAACAAUGGCAAUAUGUACAAGAGCAUCAUGCUAACUAGCCAAGACAAAACUCCUGCUGUCAUCCAGAGAGCUAUGUCGAAGCACAACCUGGAAUCUGAUGCAGCUGAGGAGUAUGAGCUUGUACAGGUCAUCUCCGAGGAUAAAGAGCUGGUGAUACCAGACAGCGCCAACGUGUUCUAUGCCAUGAACAGCCAGGUGAACUUCGAUUUCAUCCUGCGGAAAAAAGCUUCAGUUGAUGAGCAGGUGAAAAUGAGGAGUCGGUCAAGCCUGACCCUCCCCAGAACUGCCAAACGGGGGUGCUGGAGUAACAGGAACAGCAAAAUUACGCUUUGAGGGGGAGCAAGGCCACACUGAGGCAAACUGAAUGAGGACUGUACCUUUGCUACCAUCCAGUAUUACAGAAUUGCAGCAGAUGAAUGUGUCAGUAUUCAACUUUGAAGAUAUUUGAGACAAAUGCAAAGUGAGCAUUUGGUAGACCUACAGCCAGAGAUGUGUCUCCUCCCCUGGAGCUGGACAGACAUGGAUUUCUGAGACAGUCCGGACUCAGAUUUUUGUUUUGUUUUGCACAUUAGCCUAGGAAGGUGAGAGCCCCAUUUAGAGGGGAAAACAGGACUGCAACAUUUGUCUUCAGAACACCACAUACACCUAACUUUUCUUGUGAAAAAAACAUUUUUGUUGUGCCAGUAUUACACAGAACAAGAACGCCUACAUUUAUUUUUGUAAAACUGGAGAAAAAAAGCCACGAUGCAGUUCUGCCAGAACCAAGCAGGAGGUCCCAGCCAGCCUCCAGCUGCCGGAGGGGAGCACUGGUUUGCGGAAUGUGUGGGUGAACUGGGUGCCACUAGCCACUGCUGCCUCCGGAGGCACUUGCAUUCAUGAAAAAGCAAUGUGGGUAUGUCCCCAAAAUACUCAUCUCUGGAGAAGGAAGAAGUAACUGCAAGUGCGCAUAUUGCUGUCACACUGCUGGCACCCUUCUUUUUUGCACUUGUUCAAAGCCAGAAAAUUAGCCCCCUUUUUCUUCCCCCCCCCCAAAGAACAUUAAGAGAAUGGACCGCACUUGCUUUCAGAUGAAUGUCAUGAUUUGUUAAUGAACAAGGCAACAAACACUACUUGUAUGGAUUUUGGGCUUGUCUUAAUGCCACUACUGUGCGGUUUUCCUUUUGCUUUGCUAACCCAUUCAACAGAAACCGAUGCCUUUUGCAUGUACUCUGAAAUGACAGAUGUACCUCUUUGUAAUGUGCAAUCACUCUUCAGGAGCAAAAUUUUGCCUGCAUUAAUCCAAGUUUCAUUCCACGAGAAGCAACUACAAACCUUUUAUUUUAAAAGUGGCUAUUGAGAGAAAAUAGCCAGGUUUUUAGCAUUACCCCAACCAACCAGAGAUUUUAUAUAGUUGUAGCAUUAUUAUGCAUAAUCUCCAGCCACCUCUCUUGCUCUUUAUAUACAUCUAUUAAAUGAAUUUCCUGACAUGGUACAUUCUUUCAGCUGGAAUAAAGAAUUUAAGCAUCUGCUCUCUGUGAAACUUUAAGUAACAUCUUCCUAGAGUCUCUUCCCAGAAUACAGGCUUCCUUGAAAGGACAGAGGUUUGAUUUUAAAAAGCCAUAAAUGAGACAUUGGAUUGUAAACAGCCCUUACAGAACAGGCUGUCUUUGAGAUACAUUAGUAUGAGUUAAAAUAAACUCAAAUACUGAAUUU